AUGAUGCACCCGUCGAGGCAAGCAUACGUGGAGGAGGAGCCGCAAGAGGACGUUAAUAUGGGCGGCAUCGACCUUGCCAAUGUCCCUAUCGAUCGCGACUAUUCCCUUCCUUCCGGUGCGGCCGGAAUUCCCUCUGAGAAGGCAUCGGCCAUCCUUGCUCAAUUCGAGCGCAAGCGUCUUGCUGCAACCAUUGCCGUUCCCACCGACGAUAACAAGGUUCGCCUCCGGUUACGAGAGCUCGGCGAACCUAUUACGCUUUUCGGAGAGGGCCCUGGAGACAGGAGAGAUCGUCUGCGAGAGCUGCUCACCCAGCAGUUAGAAUCAGGCCAGCACGAUGCGGAAGGCGAUUUGCAAAUGAGAGACCAGUCAGCCGAGGCCGAGGCUGAGGAUGAGGGAAACGAAGAAUUCUAUACCGAAGGUCUAGAGGAGCUUCUACAGGCACGGAAGGACAUUGCAAGGUAUUCCCUGCCAAGGGCACAAAACCGCAUUGCGUACCAGAAGAUGGAAUCUACGAUACCCCUACGGACCCACGUCAAGCACCGCAAGGCUAUCAAGGAGCGCCUGGAAGGGUUCGACUUGUUUGGAUCGCAGAUUGCUGGAGACAGGCCUGUCAGCAUGGCGCGUUUCUCCCCCAGUGGAGAGAUGAUUGUGGCGGGUAACUGGGGCGGCAGCAUAAAGCUACUCGACGUACCCAAUCUGGAAGAGAAGGGGGUGCUUCGAGGGCAUACUGACAGGAUAGGUGGUCUGGCAUGGUAUCCCGGUGCUACGCUGCCGGACAGCAAUGUCUCCCGCUCAACCCUAAACCUGGCUUCUGGCGGCGGCGAAGGCCAGAUUCACCUCUGGUCGCUCGAAGAAGACACGCCGAUUUCCUCUCUGUCCGGUCAUACUGGACGUGUCUGCCGUGUGGAAUUCCACCCCUCGGGCAAGUACCUGGCAUCAGCCUCCUUCGACACAACGUGGCGUCUGUGGGAUGUGAACACCACAACCGAGUUACUUCUCCAGGAAGGACAUUCACGUGAAGUGUACACUGUCAGCUUCAACGCUGACGGGUCGUUGAUUGCAAGCGCUGGACUCGACAGUAUUGGCAGAGUUUGGGAUCUUCGCACAGGUCGCAUGGUCAUGCUUCUGGACAGUCACAUCAGCCCAAUCUACGGCCUGGAUUGGAGUGCGGACGGCUACCGCGUGCUUUCCGGAUCUGGUGAUGGAUUUGCGAAGUGCUGGGAUGUUCGAGCCGUCCGUGAGAUGGGCAACAUCGGUGCUCACAGAGGAGGAGUGACAGAUCUGCGUUGGUUCAAGGGAAUUGACGGGCCCGCGAACGGAUACAUGCCGAUCAAGGACGAAAGUGGUAACCUGCAGCCGAAGAAGGCAGGCACUUUCUUCGUUUCCUGCGGAUUUGACAAGAAUGUUAGGAUCUUCAGCGCAGACGACUGGGCGUUGUGCAAGACGCUGAGCGGACACUCCGGCAAUGUGCUCAGCGCUGAUGUCAGUCACGAUGCGAGGUGGAUUUGCAGCUCCGGCCACGACAGGACAGUGAAACUGUGGGCUAGGGAUGAUGGAGAAGGAAUCUGA